AUGCGAGUCGUAUUAAAAGACUUGGAAAAUGUGGUGUCAUUUUUUGAUGACAUCUGUAUCUACAGCGAGACAUGGGAGGAACACCUUAUGGCAAUAAAGGCGGUGUUCAAUAGAUUGAAGGACGCGGGCCUGACAGUAAGACCUGCCAAAUUAGAGCUAGGGUUUGAAAAAAUUAAUUUCCUAGGGCACAUAGUGGGGAGGGGGCUACUGACACCAGAGAGAAACAAGGUAAACAAAAUCUUAAACGUAGCAAUACCCACCACAAAGAAAGAGGUAAGAUCAUUAGUGGGUCUUAUAGGGUAUUAUGCUAAAUUUAUACCAGAAUUCAGCGAGGCCAACGCAAUACUGACAGACUUGUUAGCAAAGGGUAAACCUGAAAAGGUCGUGUGGUCAGAUGAAUGUAACCGUGCUUUAAGACUGUUUCAGAAACACUUGAACUCAGAACCAUUUCUUAUUUUACCUAAUAUUAAUGAGCAAUUUAUUCUCAGGACCGACGCCUCGUCACGAGGUAUCGGGGCAGCCUUGAUGCAAAUGAGAAAUGGGGUCCUAAGACCAAUCAAGGAACUGUUUACACCAUUUUAUGACUUUGAUGACAUUGUCAAAGUGGCAAAAGAUGGUUACCAAACAGAGGAAAGUAAAAUAAAACCUGUCCCCAUUCUUGACCCUGUCGCAAUAAGGGAAGUUUUUGAACGAGUACAUAGUCGCAUCGUCGAGGCAGAAAAGGAAAAGCUUAAUGCCUUACAAGAAAAAAAAGAAAAAGAACUAGAAAAGAAAAUAGACCCACGCAGUUCAAGUAUUUGGAACACAGAUGAAAUCAGCACUCUUCGAAAUGUCUAUAGAUCAGCUAAAGGGGAAAUCAUCAAGCUUGAGGUUGCACUUAGAGAACAAACAGCCCACAGUAAUUCCUUACAAGAUACAGUGUUAAAACAGCGAUUGGAGAUAGAAGAUCUUAAAGAAAAACUAAAGGAGGCUUCAAAAUCUAACAAACGACUGGUCAUACACAGAGACAGUCUGCAGAAUGAUUUGGCUGUGCUUGAAGUCAAACUGGCAGCCCUCACAGACAUGUGGCAUGAGAUACAAGCUGAAAAGGUGAAAGCCAUGGAAGAUACAAAAUGUUCCCACAUGGAACUUGACAAGGAACGGCUCAUCCGGAACGACCUGGAGGCCAAACUCUUACAAGCCGAACAAAAUCUGCAACGUGAAAAAUCUCUGCUGGAGCGGAACAUCUCCGCUAAGUACGAAGCGGAGAUAAAAGACUUGCAGGAAGUGGUGCGUGAUCUGAUGCUAGAGCUACAAGAGGAGAGGAAGCUCCACAACGCAUCCAAGAGAGGGUUGGAGCAUUUAAGGAACCACUUCUCAAGUUUACCGCUACAGCAUAUUUUGCCACCCAAUGCUGCUGUGAAAAAUGAAGUUGAAGUUAUUGACCAUAUUAGUCUCAGUUAGAAAAUGUAAACCAAACAGACAUUUAGCAGCUGGAAAACGAAGUUGAAGUUAUUGACCAUAUUAGUCUCAGUUAGAAAAUUUAAACCAAACAGACAUUUAGCAGCUGGAAAACGAAGUUGAAGUUAUUGACCAUAUUAGUCUCAGUUAGAAAAUUUAAACCAAACAGACAUUUAGCAGCUGAAAAACGAAGUUGAAGUUAUUGACCAUAUUAGUCUCAAUUAAAAAAUUUAAACCAAACAGACAUUUAGCAGCUGAAAUUAACACACAUCGCUGUUGAAUUUUGAAGGAAAGCAGCAUUUGUUUGCAAUAUGUGAUUCUUUGACGAAAUUCACAGUUAUUACUUACUUUCUAUUAAACUAACAUACAAAUGUGAUUAAAGUUCAUUGAUCAUUGUUUUCAAAUAUUGUAUUUUUCAUGUAAUA